AUGGACCCUCACAGAGGACAGACCCUCAGAGGACAGACCCUCAGAGGACAGACCCUCAGAGGACAGACCCUCAGAGGACAGACUCAGAGGACAGACCCUCAGAGGACAGACCCUCAGAGGACAGACCCUCAGAGGACAGACUCAGAGGACAGACCCUCAGAGGACAGACUCAGAGGACAGACCCUCAGAGGACAGACCCACAGAGGACAGACCCACAGAGGACAGACUCAGAGGACAGACCCUCAGAGGACAGACCCUCAGAGGACAGACUCAGAGGACAGACCCUCAGAGGACAGACCCUCAGAGGACAGACUCAGAGGACAGACCCUCAGAGGACAGACCCACAGAGGACAGACCCACAGAGGACAGACCCUCAGAGGACAGACUCAGAGGACAGACCCUCAGAGGACAGACUCAGAGGACAGACCCUCAGAGGACAGACCCACAGAGGACAGACCCACAGAGGACAGACUCAGAGGACAGACCCUCAGAGGACAGACCCUCAGAGGACAGACUCAGAGGACAGACCCUCAGAGGACAGACCCUCAGAGGACAGACUCAGAGGACAGACCCUCAGAGGACAGACCCUCAGAGGACAGACCCUCAAAGGACAGACCCACAGAGGACAGACCCACAGAGGACAGACCCUCAGAGGACAGACCCACAGAGGACAGACCCUCAGAGGACAGACUCAGAGGACAGACCCACAGAGGACAGACCCUCAGAGGACAGACCCUCAGAGGACAGACUCAGAGGACAGACCUCCAGAGGACAGACCCUCAGAGGACAGACCCUCAGAGGACAGACCCUCAGAGGACAGACCCACAGAGGACAGACCCACAGAGGACAGACCCUCAGAGGACAGAUUCAGAGGACAGACCCUCAGAGGACAGACCCUCAGAGGACAGACCCUCAGAGGACAGACCCUCAGAGGACAGACCCACAGAGGACAGACCCUCAGAGGACAGACCCACAGAGGACAGACCCUCAGAGGACAGACCCUCAGAGGACAGACUCAGAGGACAGACCCUCAGAGGACAGACCCUCAGAGGACAGACCCUCAGAGGACAGACCCUCAGAGGACAAACCCUCAGAGGACAGACCCUCAGAGGAUGCUCUGUUCUCCGUGUUUCUCUGUGGUAUUUUUAUUCUGACUUAAAUCUCUUUUAA